AUGCUCUCUAAGAAGCAGACCUUAAAAGAAGGUGGAAUAAUAGUCUUCACCAAGGAGGCCGAACCUCAAAAGCCUGCUACUGAAGGAUUGAAGGCAAUCAAGGAUCAGGAGGAUUCUGAGAAUGCCAUUGAGCACGCCCCUACAGAGGAGAAGGAACUUCAAGUUGAAUCUUUUCUGGGCAAGCAAGAGGAGUCUGUGAUUACCACAGAGCACGCCCUUGCAGAGGUGAAAGAGCCUCAAGAGCUACCUUUCCUAGGCAUGCAAAAAGAACCAGAAGAUGAGCAACUGACUCAUUUUCUAGCAGCACUCAAGAAGCUGCAAGUCAAUAUCUCUUUUGCAGAGGUACUGAAAAAGAAGACCCCCUAUACAACCUGUUUAAAAGGCAUUCUUUUUGAAAAGAAUGACCUAAGGGGAGAUAAGACUGUGGUACUGACCAAAAAGUGCAGUGCUUUAGUCCAGAAUGAACUACCAAGGAAGAUGCCAGAUCUAGGGAGCUUUCAGAUUCUAUGUACUAUUGGAAAGAUCACUCUUGACAAAGCCCUGUAUAAUCUUGGCUUAAGUUUGAAUCUGAUACCUUCAUCUGAGAUGAAGAAGCUGAGAAUCCAAGAGGCACAAGCAAUAAUGAUUACCCUACAAAUGAAUGACCAGUCUUUGAGGCAAGCACACGAGCCAGUGGAGAACGUACUAGUAAAGGUUGGAUAG